UGACGGCGACGCGGUCCAUGUGGCGGUGCAGGGUCUGUGCUGGGUUGCCUCACUCUCGGCAACUCCCAGGAGCAACUCCUGCAACUCCCUCCACUCUGGCGUGCAACGUGGCUUGAUUUCGCAAGGGACCAACUGUUCAAUUUGAGAGUGGAGUAGUGGAUUCCAGCCGCCUAAUGUCUCCCUUGUUUCGAAUCCUCUGCGUAGGCGACUCGCUUACGGAGGGUUAUCAUCAUUACGGCACGGCCUUCCAUCCUUACAGUCUAACCCUGGAGCGCUCUUUAUUGAACUACCCACGUUUCAAGGACGCUUCUUUUACAGUCACCACCGAUGGCAGAUCCGGGGAUCGUGUCCUUUCACCAGGCACGUUCGUUUCCCGUUUGGAAAUGCGUCUACGCGAAGCUGAGCAGGAGGGUUUUACGUACGAUUGGGUUGUCAUUCUCGGAGGGAUCAAUGAUAUCGGGUAUAGAAUAGAUGCGGUGGCUAUCUUCAGUGGGCUGAAGGAGCUUUGGUCUAUGGCAUUGCGGCACGGAUCCAAGGUCAUCGCUCUUUCAUGCCUGGAGUGGGAUGUCGAGCAAAGGGAUGGCUGGAUCGCAGCUCAGGUCAAACGACUCAACGGGCUCAUUGAAGGGUUUCAAGGGACGUGCGACGGCUGGUUUUUCUAUGACAUUCGUUGCGAUGUGCCUCAGUUCGCACUUGCGGGGGAGGAGAGGGAUAUUUUCUGGGAUGAUGGGAUGCAUUUGACCGCUGCUGGGUAUGAUAGGAUGGGUGAAUGUAUCGCCAAUGCCCUUUUGAGAUUCGAAAUGAGGAAUAGGAACUGAUUAUGGAGAUUCAUGUACACCAUUGUCGUCGCUGUGGUUUGCUAUGUCUGGCUGUGUAUCUGAACUCAAGGAAUCUAGCUAAGCAUUUGCAAUCCAAUCAGGUCGGAAGGUCGUAGCCACGUUUCCACAUUAUCGAAGCGGAGGCGCGAUGAACGAUUGACCAUUGUGACAACGUUACUGAGCGGUAG